AUGGAGCCGCAGCAGUGUCGUGGGUUGUGUAGCCUCAGCCCACCGCAGCCCACUGACGCAGGAGCCAGAGUCUCCUCCGGAGAGCCCGCUAUGCGUUUGUCCAUCGCUUUGACCACCGGCAGCCCCGUGGAGCUCUCCGUCCCCCGCGGAGAGACCGCGGAGGGUCUGCGGACGCGCAUCUCCCAAAAGCUCCGGCUGCAGACUGACAGGAUCGUGCUCCUGCACAAAGACAGGCGAGUUGUGUCCCCGACUGCGUCCACUUUCUCUCUCCCACUUGCGUGGAUGCAACGUUACAGGCACCUGACGGCGGGGAAACUUUUUGAGCAGGGAGUUUCUGAUGGCAGCCAACUGACGCUGGUGCCCGUGGUUGAAGCUGGUUUAGCUUGCUCGUCUACCAGAGAGAGGACGAUGUUGGAGAUGCUGGAGAGUUUGACAGAAGCCCAAAUGAAUGACUUCCUGUCGGGGCGCUCUCCUCUGACCCUCAACACGAGGACUGGUGCCCACAUGAUGUAUGUGCAGCUCCAGCUGUCCGCACAGGAUGUGAAGGAGCUGCAGCAGAGCCGGGACUCUAAGUCUCAGAGCAGUUACCAGCUUCAAACGGGUCUGCAGACGCCCGGCGGCGUGGACCGGUCCCACCCUGCGCCCGCACGCUCCUCCACGGGAUCCUCUACCUCACAGACCACCUCCUCUGCGUCCUACAUCCAGUGCACUGCUCACAGACCCAAAACCUCCCAAAACUCAUCCAGCCAUGUCCCCCCCGCGAGCUGCCUCAACCCCUCAGCUCCGCCCCAUUCAAACCCCGCUCACAGACCUCCAUCACCCUCGGGUUUACCACACUGCGACGGUCCAUCCCAAGCGGCCGCAGCGAUCUGCUCGUCCAGACCCUCGGGCUCCAGCCCGCGGCCCUCCAGUCCAGCCGCAGCGUCCACCUUCCCAGAGGCUGGCCGUGCUACCGCAGAGAGAGAUGUUGCUGCAGGGCCGGCAAAGCAGCCAGGAGCAGUCAUUGAAAGUUUUGUGAAUCACUCGCCUGGUGUCUUCUCAGGGACCUUUUCUGGGACCCUUGCCCCUUGUAUGCAGAGUGGCAUUCGUCGACGUGGCAUCGCCAUCAUCCUGCAAAUCCUGAAUGACCUCCUCAGAGCUGCAUCCCACCACCAGAGGGCUCCAAACCCUCUCCCGGGCUGCCCUCCUGCCUCAGAGCCUCCAGCUAGCCAAAUGACUGCAGAGGAACCCUGCAGAGCAAGAAGCAGACCCCUGCUAACCCAGAGGACAGAGCACAGUGGUGAUGAGCAUCAUGUGCUGAACACAUCCACAGAAGAAAACAAAACACUCCACGCUAAGCUAGAGCACCUCCAGGAUCUGAUGCAUCAGCGGCGCCUCCGCAGACGGAUCCGCAGGAGUUCAAACCUCCACCACACCACCCGUCCAAACCGGCAUCGUCACCAUCGCUCAUAG